UUAGAAUUUUUGUUACACGCUUUUAAAUGAUAGCGAUGACUGUUAUAUGAUAGUGUCUGGUACUGUGACUUGCAUUCCUUGUAAAAAUAUGAUUUAAAAAAUAAUCACACUCAUGUGCAAAACAAUAAGCCCCCUUCCAGCAAAUCGUGGGUGACGAAAGAUCCGGAGGCAGGAGUGCAGCCUUGGCGGUCGCGGUGCCACGCUGGUAGCAGAGCACGGACCCCCACUUUGGGUUAUGAUCGUACUCUCAUAAUAAGCUGGUUGCCAAGGGGAGCGUAACCGCGCCGAGUAGCGAGGCAAUACAGGCUGCCUUUUGUCCCCGCCUGUCCGCUGGGAUCUGAACCUCCACGGAGACGAUCCCGGAUUAUCGCACUCAGGUGUGUUUGGAGCGCAGCGCCACAGCUACUGCGAAAGUUCAGGAAAUAAUCAUGGUGAAGAAUGUGAACAACGAGAUUAUUCAAGAAGGUUGUUCUGAAGAACCACAACCCGACUUCGAUGUUGAUGGAUUCGCUGGGGAUGGCAGUAAAGAGCACCCUGCCCCACCCCCUGGCAUGAUCUGGCGAGUGACUGGUGGCCUCUUCAGCGCCACCAAGGGGGUGGUAGGUGCCACUGUUGGCAGUGUGGCCUGGCUGGGUGGCAAGGGCCUGGAGAUCACAAAGACGACAGUGGGCGCUGUCCCAGCUGUGGGCGUUAGCCUUGUCAAGGGGGGCGUGUCUGCAGUGACUGGGGGGAUGUCCACAGUGAGCUCCACAGUAGCCAGAAAAGUUCUCUCCACGGGGAAGCAGAAGGACAAGGCAGAGUAAGGAGGGUUGGAACUUCAACAUGCCCUGAGUCGAAACUCUCAAAAAGACUGAAGACCAUCUUUGAAGCCAUUGUGAAACUGAAUGAGAUUCUCCAGGUUGAAGCAGGUUUAAAUCUGUCUGCCUUCCUGUUACUGGGAAAUGUAGUCGAAUCCCACAGUGAUGAUUGUAAAGAUGCCUUUCUCUAUGUCAGAGGUGUGUGUGCUACCAGGCCUUGUCUCAGGUCAUUCUUACUGCUGUGACUGCUGUAUGUAGUUGUUAGUAUUCCUCAGUCACCUUGUUUUGUUUUCUGGAGACAGGAAGCAAACUCAAAUCUUCCGUCCUGUAUCACAUAAAAGCCUAUUUAUUUAAGCUGAUUUUUCAUGGGCUAGAACACGUAUGUGUGCGUAACUAUAUGUUCAUGGUUUCUGCUGACUGUAAUGCGGCUGAAGACUAGUUAAUUUUGUAUAUUGCCUGCAUUCCUACCACAAUAAAGUCCCACUGCUUUUUUUGG